AUGAUCGAUGGUUCUCCGGUAACUGGGAAUUGUUUAAUCGUGUCUCCGCAGUUCAAUUUAAGAAUUUCUUGUAAGGUGCAUACUAAGAGGCGAGAAGGGAGGAUGGCGUCGACUAGCAAUUCAAAAGUCGUUGCCGAGGAUGACGAUGAAGAACAGGAGUUUGAGCAUUUUGAUGAUUUUACUCUUGCCUCGUCGUGGGAAAGGUUCAUAUCUGAAAUAGAGGCCGUGUGUCGACAAUGGUUAACUGAUGGUCCAAAGAAUCUAAUGGUAAAGGAUGCCGUGCCGAUGAACCCCACAAAAGAUCUGUACAAAGUUAAAUCUGAGUUCAAGUAUGCUGGGAAAAGUUAUUUCAUGGAGUACUAUUUUCCUACAAGUAAUGGUGGCAAAGAUGCUGACUGGGAUCAGACAUUGCCUGAUCUGCAGCUUACUUUUGGGGUGAAUGAGUUUGUGGUUAUUACUCCACAAAGUGCAAGUGGUGUGGUUCUUGACGCACCAGAGGCAAGCAAACUUUUGAGUGCAGUGGCCAUUGCUUUGUCCAACUGUUCAUGUUUAUGGCCUGCAUUUGUUCCUGUACAUGACCCUACACGUAAAGCAUAUAUAGGUAUUCAAAGUAUGGGAACAGUUUUUACUAGACGAUUUGAAGCUGACCGCAUUGGUAGCCAGGUUCCUAUUAAGCUUAUGCAUUUGGAAGGAUUAUACGAGCUGUUUGUAUCUAAGUUUGCCUAUACUGCGUUGGACUGGUCCAUGCAUCAUUAUCAAGUCAAUUUUAAGAUGAAAUUAACCUACCGAACCCCUGUCUGUGAUGAGGAGGACGAAAUGCAAGAACUUAAUACUGACACAGCAGAUUCCAGUGAGAACAUGGAGAGUGAUACAAAUGGAAAAACACAAUGGGAUGAUAAUUUUCCUUGGAGUAAAUGGUACUCUGCGGAGGACCCUGUAAAAGGAUUCGAGUUACUUGUGAUGUGGUCCGAGAUAACAGCUGAUAGUUCUCUGGACAUGGCAGAAUUAGAAAAUGCUUCACCACUGGAUGCUGAUAAGUGUCAUAUUUCUGAUGGAAGUACUAUUGGAUUUGCCUCCCAGUUGCACCUUUUGGUUAAAGCAAUGGAAAUGUCACAGGAGGCUAAAUUUAUUGAAGAUUUUGUGUCAGUUGAGAACUCAGGUUCUGAAAACUUGAAGUCUUCAGGUGUUGUACCUCCACCAACCGUGCUUGAUCGUGUCCUAAAGGAUCUCUUUCAUGAGGCUACAGAGGCACAGUUGAACUCCUCUCCAGGAGAGCAUAGAAGUUCUCGAUCUAUUAAAGGCGCCCCACUCGAGUCGCUCUUUGCACAAUUCUGUUUACAUGCUCUUUGGUUUGGUAAUUGCAGUAUACGAGCCAUUGCCGUACUCUGGAUAGAGUUUGUACGUGAGGUUCGCUGGUGUUGGGAAGAGUUACAGCCAUUACCAAGAAUGCCAACCAGUAGCACAAUUGACCUAUCAACUUGUUUGAUCAACCAGAAACUCCACAUGCUUGCUCUUUGCAUUGACAAAAGACGUCAAGAUUUAAAAGAGCAUAAUGCUGGCAAAAGUGGUUCUCAAGAAGAUCUCCAGAUUCCAAAGGACUUACUUGCGCAUGGAGUUAAUGAAGGUCAUGGCAGGAAUCAGGACCGGAGUGGUUCAGCUGGUACAGCAGGGUCAAUGAUGCUCUUGAAAUCAGGCAAGAAUAUGCAUACCCCAAUAACACAGGACCCACCUCCUAUGACCGAAGAUAUGCAUGAAGAAAGACUAAGAGCAGCAGAAGCCUUAGGUGACUCAUUCAGCUUCUCCGGCCAACUUGAAAAAGAUAUUCUGGCAUCUGACAUGUCAGCGUUCAAAGCAGCUAAUCCAUAUGCUGUCUUUGAAGAUUUUAUCCGUUGGCAUUCACCAAGGGACUGGGAAAUUAGUGAUGAUGAAAGUCGGGAGGUUUGUGAUUCUCAAGCCAAUGCAGCUGUACAGGUGUCGCAAGUCAAGUGUCCUCGUGGGAGACUAUCAGAGAGAAUGUCCGAUAAUGGGAAUUCCUGGAGAAAAAUGUGGAACGAAGUUCUACCUUUGCCUGCUUCUGAACAAAAACCACUCCUCGAUCCAAAUCGAGAAGGAGAAAAGGUUCUUCAUUAUCUGGAAACGCUUAAACCCUUUCUACUACUCGAACAAAUGGUUUGUACUGCCUUCAGAGCAGCAGCAGACACUCUUAAUCAGACUUCAUUCGGUGAAUUACAGCAGAUGACCACAAAAAUGGGGCAAUUUUAUGCGACUAUGGCAUCCAUGCUAAAAUAUUUGCAAGCAAAUAAGAUGACCUGCGAUAAUGAUGAUAUUGAAGACCUGAGACGACUGUGUGCCACUUUCGGACACAUUGAGAAAUUAAUUCUUCUAGCAGCUUCUCUUCAUAGCAAGUUUUUGCACUCACAAAAUCUUGCCCAGGCUAUUUUCAGUGAUUGCUAUAAUCUGCUGAGCUUGGGAACAGGCUCUGCUCAAAGUGAUACCAAAACAGUAUUUGACAAAAAGCAACGUGUAAGUGCCCGGGAAAGAAGCCUAAUCAUGAGCAUGUUUACUCAGCCAACGGCAAACCAGUCGUGGAGGAAAGUGUUGAGCAUGGGAAAUCUUCUAAAUGGCCACGAACCCGUCUUAAGGGAGAUAAUAUUUUCCAAAUGUGAUCGUGUGAGUGAGAGCUACUAUGCUGCUUGUACUCGUAAGCUCAAUCAGCAGGAAAUCGAAACACACAGGAUGUAUGUAUGUGGAACUUCAAAUGAUCUUAGAGUUGCACUUUCUGUCACUUCAUUUGAUUAA